AGAAAAGAAGCUACCAGAUUUUAGUGUCACAGUGUAUAUGAUACAUUCGUAACAACCAGUCAACGCAACUACCAGUCUUUGUUGGAUCGAGUCGUUUUUCCUCUCGUUUCAUCCACUUUUCUAUGGAAAAUUACACCAUAGAUUUUCAUCGAAGCACAUUAACAUUUCCUCUCUUCCUCUUUGAAGCUCUUUCCUUCAUUGACUUCACCAUUUUCAUCUUCUAAUCUUAUGGCGAAGCCUGGAAACAAGAUCAUACAAGCCAAACUGGUGGGUCCUCGUGGGGGACAUGGGAACUGGGAAAACCAGUUUGGUUCUAAGAUUUGUCAAAGGCCAGUUCUUUGAUCACCAGGAACCAACAAUAGGAGCAGCAUUUUUCACUCAGAUAUUGUCAUUAACAGAAGCAACAGUGAAGUUUGAUAUAUGGGACACAGCAGGACAAGAAAGAUAUCAUAGUUUGGCUCCUAUGUAUUAUCGUGGUGCUGCAGCAGCUGUCGUUGUCUAUGACAUUUCAAGCACGGACACAUUUACUCGAGCCAAAAAAUGGGUUCAGGAACUGCAAAGACAAGGUGAGGCUGUUGAAUUGAAAUAUUAUCAUGUAUUGGCUACUAUCAUUGGGCAGAAACAUCUUGGGAAUUCAAAUUUGGUGAUGGCAUUGGUUGCAAACAAGUCUGACUUGGAACCAAAAAGAGAGGUUGAAACAGAGGAGGGGGAGCAAUAUGCUCAAGAGAAUGGAAUGUUCUUCAUUGAAACAUCAGCAAAGACAGCAGAAAAUAUUAACGAGCUCUUCUACGAAAUAGCAAAGAGACUCGCAAGAGCUUCUCCACUAAAGCGUACAGGAAUAAAUCUAAACAACGAAACACAGAGCAGAAGAAAACUAUUUUGCUGUUCAUCCUGAUCUGUGUAGCCUUACCAUUUUCAAGUCCUAUCAGUAACAAUGCUUAACACAGUCCUCUGAGAUUUCAUGUGUAAAUAUAUGCUUUCUUUCUCAUUUUCUUUUUUGCCCAAACCAGCCAGUUCAAGCAGCCUUUCUGUAAACGAAUCGGAUAAUCAAUUCCAACGAUUCUAUUUGAGGUCCUGAGUUUACAUUUGGAUAUUUGUAAAGAAAUUGGUCACACAAAAUCAAAGAUAUUCUUGUCAAAGUUCAGAACUGAAGAAGUUGUACAGCUUAAUUUGGAUAUAUGAUUGUGGAAGUUUAUUGCCA